GGUCCACCUUUCUGAUGCUCCAUCCCACUACUCCCAGGACCCACCCAUGCGCUCCAAGGCCAAAAGGCUAUCGAGCAGAGUUGUGAUCAGGACGAGAGUGGGAACCGAACGUCAGUGGACCUGCGGAUACGAAGGACCCAGCACUCGGUGCUAUCACGGAAAUUUGUGGACGUCAUGACAGAAUACAACGAAGCGCAGAUCCUGUUUCGGGAGCGAAGCAAAGGCCGCAUCCAGCGCCAGCUAGAGAUCACUGGGAGGACCACCACAGACGAUGAGCUGGAGGAGAUGCUGGAGAGCGGGAAGCCGUCCAUCUUCAUCUCGGAUAUUAUAUCGGAUUCACAAAUUACUAGGCAAGCUCUCAACGAGAUCGAGUCACGUCACAAAGACAUCAUGAAGCUGGAGAGCAGCAUCCGAGAGCUACACGAGAUGUUCAUGAAUAUGGCCAUGUUUGUGGAGACCCAGACUCGGUCUCCUCCCGGACAGGACCCAGGGUGAAAUGGUCAACAACAUCGAGAGAAAUGUGAUGAAUGCUGCCGACUACGUCGAACACGCCAAGGAAGAAACCAAGAAAGCCAUCAAAUAUCAGAGCAAAGCCAGGCGG